UGGAUCACAAGCCUCUAGCUCCUAUGCUUCUGAAACCAUCUGGGAAAUCUAUGCUUCUAUUAUAGGUUAGAAGUCAAGUCCGAACUGGUUCUAGACUUCAAUUGAUUUUUAUUUAUUUUUAAAUACAUAAGAAGUGGCAGAAUGCCGGCCUUUGAAUUUGAAGAGACCCAAACGCAAUGAAGCCCUCAAAGCUCCUCCCCACCGAGACUCUAACCCUGGGCUGUCCACUCCUCGACCGCUCCCUCGGCGGCGGCAUUCCCUGCAGCUCCCUCACCGAGCUCGUCGCCGAGAGCGGUUCGGGCAAAACCCAACUCUGCCUCCAGCUCUCUCUCUCCGCCCAGCUCCCUCCUUCCCACGGCGGCCUCUCCGCCUCCUCUCUCUACCUCCACUCCGAAUUCCCUUUCCCCUUCCGCCGCCUCCGCCACCUCUCCCGCUCCUUCCUCUCCUCCCACCCUAAUCUCACCCUCACCAACCCUUACGACAACGUCUACGUCCGGGCCGUAAACGACGCACGCGAACUGCUCGACUUAAUGCCCAAGAUAGAGACCCUCGUCGCCGGCGGGAAAACCCGGCUGCCGGUGAGGCUGAUUGUCAUUGAUUCAGUUGCAGCGUUGUUUCGGAGCGAGUUUGGGAACAAUGCGUCUGAUCUUAAGAAGAGGUCCUUCUUGUUUUUCGAGAUUUCGGGGAUGUUGAAGCUGCUGGCGAGGAAGUAUGGGGUGGCGGUGGUGGUGACUAAUCAGGUGGUUGAUUUUAUGGGGGAAGUGGAGGGGAUUAAUGGAGUGAGAGUUGGGAAUUUGAGGGAGUUGUGUUCAUCAGGGAGAAGGGUUUGUCCUGCUUUGGGAUUAGCCUGGUCGAAUUGCGUGAAUUCGAGGCUGUUUUUGUCUAGAAAUGAGGAGAUUGUUGAGAGGGGAAAUGGUGAGUUGAUUAGGGAGACAAAGAGGCGAAUUGAUGUUGUUUUUGCUCCACAUUUGGGGCCAGUGUCGUGUGAGUUUGUAAUCACAGAGGAUGGGGUGUUUGGAGUUGGCAGAUGACGGUGCGCGUUUGGAACAUGAAAUCCCUUGGCAUGAUUUGCUAUAUUAAAAUAUGGAAGUGCUUUACCAAUUACAGGUGUGCGUUUGGAACAUGAAAUCCCUGGGAAGGAAUUUUUCAAAUGAAGAAUCAGCCCAGAGGCUAUCCCAACCCUCUGUGAUCACUUUGGUUCUGUGAAUUAUGUUUGGUGGGCCAAGCAUGGUUGGUAUCUUGCAUCAGGAUCUGAUGAUCAAGUGAUUCUAAUUGAUGAGAAGACGCCAGGUUCAGGAACCACUGAGUUUGGCAGUGGACAGCCCCUUGACAUUAUUAACUUGGGAAAUGCAUUGAUCAUGAAAGAAACAGAAGUCACCUGCACAAGGAGUUGCAAACACUUUGAUUGGGAUCCCUCUUGAUGUACUCACCACUAGCCAUGCCUUCCUUUUUGACAUGUGACUGAAGUGUUGGCUUAGGGUUGCAGAUGAUUGCUCUUCUGGGUCAAAUUUUGCAAGCUCCUGGCGUUUGGGUUUGACUCAGAGUGGUGAGUUGGCUGGUUUGCAGGUUGAUGUUAAGAAAUAAUUACAAAUAUGAAAAUUUGGAGAAAAUAUCACUAGUGACCUACUGACCUAUGAUAUUUCAGUCCACUAUAUCAGUCUUAGACGUUAGAAUUGAUUCCAUGGGAUUUCUUGUAGAGUGACUGAUGAUGAAGUACAGACUCGUGCUCAUUUGGUAGCUCAGCUGGUUUCUUUGCUGGCUUUAAAGUCCCCUAAUGAAUAUCGUCAAUGCCUACUAUCAUGUAUACGCUUCCUUGCCAGCAGCUGAAGUCACAUUGUCAUCCCCACCAUCUGAGUCAGUGUCAGACUCAGAAGCACUCCAUGUUUCAUCAUUGCCUCGUUUGAGCGAGCUUGGAGCUUUCGGUUCGCACAAUCAGCAGCUUCAUGACCAACUCCCUCACAUUCAAAACACUUGGUGAGCUUCUUUUGGGCAAACCUUUGUUUUGUAUGUUCUUCAAUGGUGAAGUUACUACCCUGGUCUCUUCUAGAACUUGUGUUGGAGGAGCUUUUAUGAUCUUGGGAGGACUUCCUAGACCUAGUGAACUUCUCUUCCUCAUUCCUCACCACAC